AUGACUUCUCCAACAGAGUUGCCUCGGCUGGUUUCAAUUGACAACUACGUUCACAAAAUGUUAUCGAACUCGUCGCUUCAUCAACGCGUCACCGCACAAUGGGAAACAUAUGGGCCUGUCGUGAUAUUAAAAUUGAGAAAUGGUUCAUCCGCGAAUCAUAUAGACAGCAUACGUCUGCACAAUUCAAGCAGCGAUAGUCGUUGUAGAAGGUGCAGAUCUCAUUCCGUCGGUGAUUUUGUUACUAUAACAUCUGACAAAAGAAUUUCCCACCUUCAGAAUGGUUAA